UGUAAAAAACACUUGGCGUCGUUUAUCGAAUCUCAUCUUGUAGCUGCAAUUUUGGCUCGUGAAUUUUUUAUUCCCGAAACGCCGCAUUUGUUUGUUCAUGCUUGUAUCUUUGCUCACAUAGCCACCGAUGGCAUUGCCCAUCCUGUAAAUACUGGGAUAUUUGGAGCUACAUCCCAUCAGUGUUCCAUAUUAGGGAGGGUAAAAAUUGUGGAUUUCUCUCUGUCGGCUGUCUUCACGUCGUCAUCGUUGCGGAAAGCAAAUCACGGCUGCUGGAUUUCUCUGGAGCGUUUCGGUUUUGGACAUCGUGUGAAACCUACAACUGUUACCAUGUGGGAUGUCGACGAUGCAGGUUCUGGUUGGGAUGCCACCGAUGUAGCUUCUGGUUGGGAUGCAGUGGAUGAGGCCGACGGAGCGCAGACUUGUCUUUCUUCCGUUACUUUAGAUCCCCCUGCUAAGAAACGACAGAAGCGUAAACGAUCGGUUAAACAGCAAGAAUGCGAUCUCGAGCUGAUACGGGCUGUAGCGGACUCGCUGGUUUACUCAAUGCCAUUAGUUGAAAGGGAAGCCGUUUGGAAGAAGAUUGCAGAGAAAAUCAGCAAGCCUGAGCAGAUAAGAAGCACCAAGUACUGUAGAGACAGAACGCGAAAACUGUUGUUGGAAUACAAGGCGCUGAAAAAACCUAACGUUGACCCCACUGGUGACGAACAGCAACCAGAGCCUUCAGAGUUUGAGCAGUUUUUGGAAACUGUUUAUGCAGCUGAAGAAGAGUCUAAAUCAAUGACGGAAGUGCAGAAAGUGAAAGAGUCAGAAAACAAGAAGCUGGUAGAAAAACUGGAGGAGAAAGCCAAACAAAGAAUGGCCCUUAAAGCAGCGACUAAUGGAGAUUCGAGCGAUCUUGACUGGGAGAUGGAUGAAGAAGCCCGAGUGCGUCAUGAAGAGGAAAAUCCGGAGAUGUAUUCAGCAACUGGCACACCGCGCAAGAAAAAGAGUCGAAUGUUUUUUACCCCAGUUAAAAAUACGUCUCCGUUUAAAAAGUGUGUGGGAUCUGGCAGAAGAAAUCGCGAUCAGUUAUUCAAGGAAAAAUUCCGCAGCGAGGCGCAAGUGCGUAAAGAAGAAUUACAAGAUAAACGAGAGGCCAGAGAAUUCGAUCGAGAGGAAAGAGAAAAGGAUCGACAGUUAGAACGACAAAGGCUGGACGUUGAACGAAAAAAGAACGAAAGUGAUGCUACAGCUAGAAAUGCGCAGUUAACUCUUUUACAACAAAGUCAGGAGACUAUGCGAGAUAUGAUGAUGCUAGUGCUGAAAAAGAAUUAAGUUUUUUGGUGUUUUAUGUUCAGUUUCAAUCUAGAGAGGUCACAAUUGCAGCAAAAUUAGUGAAUAGAAAAAAUCUUGACAUACUCUGAAAAUCAUAAGCAAGUG